AUGUAUCGCGUGCGUGGCCGCGCCGUUGGAUCGCUCAAGUCCCGCGUUGCAAGUAAUUACAGUGUCUUAUACACGUCUUUAAGGCCAUGGCGACAAGAUCUUCGACUUGUGAAGCACAAGAUCAGUUUUAGCUCGGAGUCUUCACGUCGUAGUCAAGUGCAAGACAACGUUCAAACGCCUUCAGUGUCGCACUUUAGACAGGGUGAUGAAGCCAUGAAGAUCACACGCAUUGGAAUGUAUGUGAACGUGGCUAUGGCGGCAACCAAAAGUGCUGUUGGGUUGACUAUUCACUCGAGCGCGUUGAUUGCUGAUGCUGCUCAUUCGCUGUCGGAUUUACUCUCUGAUGUUGUGACACUCUGGAGUGUCAAGGUGGCACGAUUGCCUCCUGAUCAAAAGCAUCCUUACGGCUAUGGAAAGUACGAAGCUGUGGGGUCGCUGUCGGUUGGCGCGAUUUUAGUGGUCUGUGGCUUCGGAAUUGGCGCGGAUGGACUUCAGGUUAUCCAAGAGAUCUGGACCGGCAAUAGUGCCACAAAUGUGCCGGAAUUUUACUUGCCAUAUCUCUCUCAACUGGAUCGAAGCUGGCAAUGGAUUCUCGCGGCGGGUGCUGCAGCCGUAUCCAUUGCAGCAAAGGAGGCUUUGUAUCGUGCAACUGUAAAAAUUGGCCAGCAGGCAAAUAGCAAGGUACUGAUUGCAAAUGCGUGGCAUCACCGCACGGAUGCAAUUUCUUCUAUUGUGGCUCUCGGUGGUAUUGUCGGCUCGAUGGCAGGGGUACCUUUCCUUGACCCAGUUGCUGGUAUGGCAGUCGCAGCGAUGAUCGUGAAAACUGGUGGCGAAAUCUGCUUUGAUAGGAACGCUGUUCAAGAACUUACCGAUAACACUGUCGAGGCAGAAGUACUCGAAACGCUGGAAGAAGUGUCUGGUAGUGUUGAUGACGUAUUGCACGUAUCGCAAGUCCGAGCUCGUCGAAUGGGACCGUAUACACUCGUGGACUUACGAGUUCACCUUGAUGCCCGAACGAGUAUUUCCAUGGCUCAGCAGAUUUCAGAGCAAGUACGAUCUCAUAUUUUAAACGAGGUCCCUGACGUAUCGGAGGUCCUGGUCCAUAUCGACGUUCAAUUCGGCCAGUUUGGUUGCUUCACAAACGAUACAAGUGAUAUGAGUAAAAGAGAUUUGCGUCCGUACAGGGAGAUCAAGAAUGACGUCAGCUACGCAUUAGCAACUAUCCCAGAGAUCACUGGAAUGACACACAUCAAUACGCACUGGGUACCACACCAGGGCACGGUCGUUGAUGUUGCCAUUCUUGUUCAGCCUGAUUUGAAAGUCGGUGCAGUGUACGCUGUCGCGAAAAAAGCGAGAAAAUCCAUUGAAGCCAUUCCAUACAUUGUUGAGGCUGAUAUUCAUUUAGAGCUUCAGGAUGAUGACGCGGACGUAUAA